GGAGGAGAAAGAGAGCGAGGGCGGGCGGGAGGCGGCGGCGGCAGCAGCAGUAAUAGCAGGAGCAGCAACAGAAGGCGUCGGAGCGGGCGUCGGAGCUGCCCGCUGGGGGAGAGAGAGAGGAGAGAGAAAGAGAGCGAGCGAGCAGAGGAGCCCGAGGCAAAAAAGUAACUGUCAAAUGCGCGGCUCCUUUAACCGGAGCGCUCAGUCCGGCUCCGAGAGUCAUGGCGACCGCAGCGUCUAACCACUACAGCCUGCUCACCUCCAGCGCCUCCAUCGUGCACGCCGAGCCGCCGGGCGGCAUGCAGCAGGGCGCGGGGGGCUACCGCGAGGCUCAGAGCCUGGUGCAGGGCGACUACGGCGCGCUGCAGAGCAACGGGCACCCGCUCAGCCACGCUCACCAGUGGAUCACCGCGCUGUCCCACGGCGGCGGCGGCGGGGGCGGUGGCGGCGGCGGCGGGGGCGGGGGCGGCGGCGGGGGCGGCGGCGACGGCUCCCCAUGGUCCACCAGCCCCCUGGGCCAGCCGGACAUCAAGCCUUCGGUGGUGGUACAGCAGGGCGGCCGCGGUGACGAGCUGCACGGGCCAGGCGCCCUGCAGCAGCAGCACCAGCAGCAGCAACAGCAGCAGCAACAGCAGCAGCAGCAACAACAACAGCAGCAGCAACAGCAGCGGCCGCCGCAUCUGGUGCACCACGCCGCCAACCACCACCCGGGGCCCGGGGCAUGGCGGAGCGCCGCGGCUGCAGCGCACCUCCCGCCCUCCAUGGGAGCGUCCAACGGCGGUUUGCUCUACUCGCAGCCCAGCUUCACGGUGAACGGCAUGCUGGGCGCCGGCGGGCAGCCGGCGGGGCUGCACCACCACGGCCUGCGGGACGCGCACGACGAGCCGCACCACGCCGACCACCACCCUCACCCGCACUCGCACCCGCAUCAGCAGCCGCCGCCGCCGCCGCCCCCGCAGGGCCCGCCGGGCCACCCCGGCGCGCACCACGACCCGCACUCGGACGAGGACACGCCGACCUCGGAUGACCUGGAGCAGUUCGCCAAGCAGUUCAAGCAGCGCCGGAUCAAACUGGGAUUUACCCAAGCGGACGUGGGGCUGGCGCUGGGCACCCUGUACGGCAACGUGUUCUCGCAGACCACCAUCUGCAGGUUUGAGGCCCUGCAGCUGAGCUUCAAGAACAUGUGCAAGCUGAAGCCUUUGUUGAACAAGUGGUUGGAGGAGGCGGACUCGUCCUCGGGCAGCCCCACGAGCAUAGACAAGAUCGCAGCGCAGGGGCGCAAGAGGAAAAAGCGGACCUCCAUCGAGGUGAGCGUCAAGGGGGCUCUGGAGAGCCAUUUCCUCAAAUGCCCCAAGCCCUCGGCCCAGGAGAUCACCUCCCUCGCGGACAGCUUACAGCUGGAGAAGGAGGUGGUGAGAGUUUGGUUUUGUAACAGGAGACAGAAAGAGAAAAGGAUGACCCCUCCCGGAGGGACUCUGCCGGGCGCCGAGGAUGUGUACGGGGGGAGUAGGGACACGCCACCACACCACGGGGUGCAGACGCCCGUCCAGUGAACUCGAGCGGGGGGAGGGGCAGAGCGCGGGGCUCCCCCUCCCCUACGGUCCACGGCCCUUUCCCGGCCCCCUUGUUCCCUCUCUAACUUCUGAUUGUUCUUUUUAUUUUAAUUAUUAUUUCCCCGUCCCUUAAAAAGAAAAAAAUAAUAAGGAAAGCAACUAAGGCACUGGACUAUCCUUUAAACGGUAGCAGGUGUAAUGAUGUGUUUUGACCUUUACAGGCUAGUACCCAGGCAAUGGAGUGGAGUGUCUCAUAGAGAGAGUGAGGAGAGAGUGUGUAAUAGAGAGAGAGAGAGAGAGAGAGAGAGAGAGAGAGAAGGAGAGAUGGCAAGCACUGAGUUAAAUACCUGGCAAAACUAAAUAAAUUACCAAAAAGAAAAAAAAAAAUCCACCAAACCGUGAUAAACACAAAACAGCUUCCUGAUGCUCGGAGUUGGCACAUGCUCUGCUGUGUUGAUUUAAUGUGGAUCCUCAUCAGGAAGGAGGAAAAAAUACACAUGUUCUUUGAUGUAGUCAAAAUUUAACGGCAUAAAUUUGCACUGCAAGAAAAUUGAAGUUUACACCAACAAAUUCAUUGAACGUAUUUUUCUUUCUCCCACGGUUAAUUUUGAAAUUGCCGGGUUUUGUUUUGUUUUGUUUUGUUGUUUUAUUCAGCAGGGAGAGUUGAAGCCAGCUCUUGGCUACUCUCCAUUUCUAGCGUUCUUGUGUUGCCCCUUGUUCUUCUUCCUGUUUGUGAACUUUGGUUACCUUCAGGCUCCCCCCAACAUUGGUGUAACAUUUAGUUGCUUCUUUUACCAAAGCAAAAACGAUUGGCUUCAUACAAAAUAAAUAAUUCUCUGCUUUCAGGAAAUGUGCAUGGUCUACCCGCUUUAUCCAAGGCAAGAGUCCAGUUUGGAAUACAAAAAUGAGUCAAGCAUUGGUUUUUUUGUGACCAGCCACAAAGUAAACUUCAUUUUCAGGCAGUGUUUCUGGGGGAGGUUGUGGAGGGGAGAAAAAGAAAAAUCGAUAGUGAGUGACUGAUUGCUUCAUUUUAUCAGGCGGGCCCAUUGUGAAAGAGCUCAGAGGAAAUGUGGAGGUUAUAAAUGUAUUUCCAGAGUCGUCCAACAGAAAGUGGCACUUUGAAGAGAACUAGGGAAAUAUAUAUCUUCAGAAACCCCUGUAUAGUUCUCUGCCUUCAGUUUUAAUAACUUAAUUAUGAGGAAUUAUUUGUGCUGAGAGCAGCAGUUAAACUUUGUCCCUCUAAUAGCUUUUUUUUUUUUUUAACAUAAAGAAAAUAAUCUGGGAACUUAAUGGUGUAUGCAGAGACUUUUUUUUACUGCACAAAUACCCAUAUGCAUACAGAGGAUAUCUCCACUCUAGGCUGGUUUUGUCUUCACUAGCUCAUUUGUUUAUCAAAUCAAAUUUAAGGUCCCACACCUUCUUCUCCUAUAAUUUAUCACAGAAAAUACCAGUUUAACCUAGACAGCUUUCCCCCCUUCUUUCACUAAGGAAGCCAAAUGAACUGGGGGAAAAAAUGCUAUUUUCUAUCCUUCCUUUUCUCCCUUUGUUAAUAGUUUUAAGUGCGCUUUUACCUUAUCUUGAUGGAAAAUGGUUAACUCCCAUAACAAAAGACUCUACUGGGAAGUGUAGGUGAAAAAACUUCUAACUAUUGAAAAUAAAUACCAUUAAACUGUGACCAGUUAAAAUAUU